AAUCAAAAAACACGUCUGAAUUAUGAUCUGUCACUUUGUUCUAACCUAUUUUGUUCUACAUGUGUAACAAAUUAAUUUAUUGAUAAAUUAAACCGUGAAUAAUGGACGAAAAAAGCCCCCUUAAAAUGGAAAGCGACAAUUUCGUGGGUGUUCUGGUCGCAAUAGUCGUGGUAGUGUUAACUAUAGUGAUAUUUAUUUUAUACCGACGAAGAAAGGCCUCCAGGAACUGUAUCCUCCUAACGGGGUUGUGUGACAGCGGUAAAACUUUAAUUUAUGCCCAACUGCUACACAAUAAGUUCAUUCAAACCCAAACAUCGAUAAAGGAAAACAUAGGCACUUAUGUUAUCAACAAGUCGUCCCUCAAAGUGGUGGAUAUCCCCGGCCACGAGCGCCUCCGCGACAAAUUCGUCGAACAAUACAAAGACUUAUCAAGGGCGAUUAUUUUCGUCAUUGACUCCGCCACCAUCCAACAAGACGUCCGAGACGCCGCUGAGUUUCUCUACAACAUUUUAGUGGACCCCACAGUCACCAGAAACUCCCCGAAUAUCCUAGUUUUGUGCAAUAAGCAAGACCAGACUUUGUCUAAAGGUAGCAACGCUGUUAGGUCAAUCCUUGAGAAGGAAUUGAAUACUCUUCGAAUUACCAAAUCAAGUCAGCUGGAUUCAGUUGACCCCAAAGCUAGGAAAUCCGCAAGUUUGGGGACCUCUGACUCUGAUUUCUCGUUUUCUAGCCUCAAUUGCAAGGUCGAGUUUGCCGAAAGUUUCGCGUUUAAUAAGAACGGGUCUGUGGAUGUGGAUCAGCUGAAGAAGUGGUUGUCAAAAAUUGCCUGAGUUGCGUGUUUUUAUUGUUAAAUUAUUUAUUAAAUGGAUUGGUAGAUUGGUUUUUUAUUUGAUGCAUUUUGUUAUUUAACGCAAUAUUGUGAAUAUACGUGCGACUUUA